AUGAAUUACGUCGAUCAACAGCAAUUUAUAAUGCAACAAGGACAACGGAUGCAAAAUCCUCGAAUGAUUUCUGUGCCAACAACUGUAACACCACAACAUCUGCAUCGGCAACAGAGGUAUGGCAUGACGAUGAUGCAGCCCGGUCAACAACCAGUACAAAUUGCAUCAGGACAGUAUGUACAGAAUCCACAAAUGCAACCGAGGCUGCUAACAAUGAGCGAUGCGUUAUCGCGCUUACCACCCGAAGUACAACAGAUGGCUCAACAACAAAUUAAUGCAGAAACAAAUGCUGAAAAAAAAGACAAGUUGCUUUAG